CAUAAAAUGUUUCAAAAUUAAAGUACCCAUGAAUUUCCUAAUAAUAUAUUGUUUGACAAGAGUUAAAGGUGAAUGAAUUAAAUAUCUGUCCGCGCUUUGAGGCAAUAUCGUUCAACGGAUCGUUUGUUGUCGCAUAAAGAAUUUCGUCAGACGGAAUCAUUGACAGUCGUUGGAUUAAUGAAAACUGUCUUUUUCGUAAUCUCGUCUUAUUGGAUGGGAAAUUGAAAAUACUAUAUUCAGGAAAGAAUUAUUUGGAUCAAACAUGGCCGUCUUUCUGAAUAAAUUAAAUUGUUGAGAUGAUUUUUUGGCUUACUGUAAUAAGAAUUAGGUCCAAAAUUCGAUAAAUGUCACGAAUGCCUGGUUUCAGGACAUAUUUUCCAGAGUCGGUUGAGAUCCUUUGAGGAUUUGAUAGCUAAAGAAUUUUCGUACAGCAAUCAAAUUAGUUAUCAGGCCUUACCUUUGGGGAAACAAUAAAACUGCUUCGCUAUUUUUAAAAAUUCUAUAAUGUUUGACUACCUAAAUGACAUAGCACAAUUUCCGCUACUUAUUUAAAAAAUGAUAUGUCCCAUACAUGUAGGUGUUUAUCUGGGUUCAUAUUUACUUUUAAAUAAAUCAAACACGAGCCUGCUCAGUGGCUCUUCACAGAUUGCAACCUCUCCAGGCCUCCACAUCAUAUAAACGAUUGCCAAGAUUUACGGUCCAUUGCUCCCUGUACGUCUCACUGGGUUAUAUCAUUAAAGCCUCUGAAUUCCGAAUACCCGUAUUUAAUCAGUUUUCUACGGCGAUGCGAUAUUUUUUUCACCUUUAGUCCAAUUACCAAGACAUUUCUAGGUACUUGUAAAUGUCUCAAUAUGGAUAAUGUUCUUGACAAGGCAAUUUUAGCCUUAGAGUUAGAUUUUCUGUGUGAAGACAAUUUAAAUAUCUGCCUGAACCACCAAACCAAAAUUCACAUGUCCAAUUUAUACGGUCCCCUUACUUAUUCAUUUCUAAGACAUUUGAUUCAAUGACAAAUGAAGAUCCUUUAUAUCAACCUCUAUAAGUACGUCACCACCAACUACCAGUACUUCAGAAACUAAAAUAGCCUUUGUUAUGUAAAUUCAAAAAUACAUCCCAUCGAAAAAAAUAUUUACCGAUGAUUAUGAAUAGGUCAUAAACAUAAAACAUUUCUCAUUCGCACUUCCUGCUGUUGUUAUAUCCUGUAAACAGUUUAUGUUAUUCAAGUUCAACAAAUAAUAUCAUGACAUCUCAGUCCGGAUGCACAUCGGGGGGCCUAUCGCCGUUAAAGUAAAUCAGUCGUGGAAGCGAGAUAGUGCAAUACGUCGCGUAGAGUGGCAUCCCGCUUUGAUAACAGCAAGAGUGGUUGUAUGGUGGUGACAUGGUAGACACAUUUGAACGUUCGCCCCUACUCAUGUUUUAUCUUCCGCCUACAUGUACCGUUGAAAAUAUUUUCUUCGCCAAUGGAUCGGAAAUAUUGCGUUCAUUUCUAUGAAAGUUGGUGCCAGUGCAAUGUCUUGAACUGAAGUCGUUUAGAACAAUGUUGUUAUUUCAAAUUUUUGGAUGCCUGCUGCCCUUCGUUGUAGGACUACGAACACAACGGUCUUCGGGCACACUAGUCGAUUUCACAGAUCCUAAGGUCCAAGGACAUUUAGACGCUCUAGUCCGUAUGGCUCAAUCAUGCGUCAUCAAGGUCCGAGCUACACCCAAGGAUGUGAGAGCAUACUUCACCAACUCCUCGCCCGUGUCGCGAUCUGGUCAAUGCUUUGCAGCCUGCAUGCUAGAACAGAGUGACGUCAUCAACCACGGGAAGGUAAACAGAGAACUCUUAGUCCACCUAGCGAGUUUAGUCAACGGGAAGAACUCACGCGUAGUGAGAAAACUCAACACAGUCUCCAGGCUUUGCCUCGAUAGUAUCGAAGGCAUGUCUGACCGGUGUCAACUGGCGUCGACAUACAACGACUGCCUAAAUGAGAACAUGAUAGAGUUUGCGUUCCCGCUGGACAUAGCAGAGGAAGCCGUUAGGAAGAUGCCCUUCCAUUUAAUACAACCAAAUUUGCCUCAAGAAAUUAGAUCAAGCCCCUACUAGGUAAGAAAAUAAAAGUCAAUUUAAGUUUUUUAUAAAUACUUAUGAUU